UCGUCGUCGCUCAUGUCUGAAAUUCAUGACCAGUUCGAUACCAUCCUUAUCCUCGAUUUUGGCUCACAGUACAGUCACUUAAUAACCAGAAGAUGUCGUGAACACAAGGUCUACGCAGAACUUCUUCCAUGCACAACCAAGAUUCAAGAACUCCAUUUCGAUCCCAAAGGCAUAAUUCUAUCCGGUUCGCCAUAUUCAGUAUAUGACAAGGAGGCUCCCCAUGUCGAUCCUGCUGUAUUCGAACUCGGGGUACCCAUUCUCGGAAUAUGUUAUGGACUACAGGAAAUGGCAUGGAAUCUGAAAGGAAAAGUGGCCAAAUGCUCUCAUAGAGAAUACGGUUAUGCAUCCGUCAAAGUCAAAAAAUUAAGUGACGGCGACUCGCCUGUAGAUGUUUUGUUGCGUGGGUUAGGAGAGGAAAUGCAGGUAUGGAUGUCGCACGGGGAUCAGCUAUCCGAGCUCCCUCCCAAUUUUCAUGUAAUCGGCCACACCGAUUCCGCACCAUUUGCUGCCAUCGCACACGAUACCAAACCGUUCUAUGGAAUUCAAUUUCAUCCAGAAGUCACUCAUUCUCCGCGAGGAAAAGAGGUUAUUGGGAAAUUUAUCGUGGAUAUAUGUGGAUGCAAGAAUGUUUGGACUAUGGAAGAGUUUAUUGGCAAGGAGAUAUCCAGGAUACGCGACAUCUGCGGGCCUAAAGGGAGGGUGAUCGGUGCCGUGAGCGGAGGUGUGGACAGUACAGUCGCUGCAAAACUUAUGCACGAGGCAAUCGGCGAUAGAUUCCAUGCCAUCAUGGUCGACAAUGGCGUUUUGCGCCUGAACGAAGCGCACCAAGUGUACGAGAUGCUCAAUAGAGAUUUGGGCGUCAACCUCACUGUUGUUGACGCUUCGGAACUUUUCCUUCAGCGUUUGGAAGGUGUGGAAGACCCAGAAAAGAAAAGGAAGAUCAUCGGGAAUACGUUUAUCAACGUUUUUGAGGAACAGGCUGCAAAGAUCGAAGCUAAAGCCGAAGAAGACGAAGAGAAAGGAGAAUCUACGAAAGGUCGGGUCGAAUGGCUUUUACAAGGGACGCUCUAUCCGGAUGUGAUCGAGAGUAUUAGUUUCAAGGGUCCUAGCGCAACGAUCAAGACUCAUCAUAAUGUUGGGGGUCUCCUGAAAGAUAUGAAGCUGAAAUUGAUUGAACCUCUUCGUGAACUGUUCAAAGAUGAGGUCCGGGCCUUGGGUCGCCUUCUAUCCAUCCCUGCCCCCCUCGUUCAGCGGCAUCCAUUCCCAGGGCCUGGUCUUGCCAUCCGGAUCCUCGGCCCUGUUAGUAGAGAGCAGGUCCAGAUUCUGCAAAAGGCCGAUAAUAUCUAUAUUGAGGAGAUCCGCAAGGCUGGGUUGUACAAUGAGAUAUCGCAAGCGUUUGCUGUGCUUCUUCCCGUGAAAGCCGUGGGUGUUAUGGGUGAUCAGCGAACUUAUGAACAGGUUAUUACCUUGCGUGCAGUACAGUCAGAGGACUUUAUGACAGCCGAUUGGUAUGUUUUUCCUCCGGAGGUACUGCGCCGGAUCUCCUCUAGGAUAACGAACGAGGUGGCAGGCGUUAAUCGGGUGGCUUAUGAUAUUUCUUCAAAACCGCCAGCAACUGUUGAGUGGUUGUAAUAUUUAUUUACCAUACGAGAAAGUUAUUGUGUUUUUUUAAAAAAAAUGCCAAAUCGUCAGAACGUUGACUGCGUUGAGGGGUCGUUUUUGACGAACAUGAUAGCCU